AUGAAGGGAAAUGUAAGUUUUCUGCGAUUUUUUACUAUUUUUCCGAUUUUUAGGCAUUAAACCGGGUAAUGUAAUAUCGGACUUGACUGUAGCUUGAAGCUCUGUAGAAAUAAAAUUAUGAAGACAAAAAAAGUUGAUAAAGCAGAUUAUUAACAAUGUUUUGAAUUAAAAGUUUGAAGCUUUUAUUAAAUUUCAAAAUUGUUUUAUAUCUGAUGUUGUUUUAGGUGAUAAUGAGCCGGAACUAUCGUGGAGACGUGGAAAUGACGGAGAUUGAGAAGUUUAUGCCUUUGAUGAUGGAAAAGGAAGAUGAAGGUAAAGUGUCACCGGUUUUGGAACGGGAUGGACUCAGUUAUAUCUACAUAAAGCACAUGAACAUCUACUGUAAGUCUUAUAUUAUCUUUAUUUCGAAUUUUAGAUAACAUUUCGGAAGUAAAACCACGUUUUCUUGUUUUAAAAAUACGUCAGUAUAAUACUUCUUCUUUUAGUGGUGUCCAUGUCACGUAAAAACGCGAACGCAACAUUAAUUUUGUCAUUUCUCUACAAAUGCGUCGAUGUAUUCACAAGUUAUUUCAAAGAUCUGGAGGAAGAGUCUGUUCGUGAUAAUUUUGUGGUUAUUUACGAGCUACUAGAUGAGAUGAUGGACUUUGGAUAUCCACAGACUACUGAACCAAGGAUACUACAGGAAUAUAUUACGCAGGAGACACAUCAACUUGAGAUUGCGCCACGACCUCCAAUGGCAGUGACGAAUGCGGUCUCCUGGAGGUCAGAAGGGAUUAGAUAUAGAAAGAACGAGGUGUUUUUGGAUGUUAUUGAGUCAUUGAAUCUGCUGGUGAGUGUUUUAAGUUUGUUUGAUUUGGUUUUUAGGUAGUUUGAGAUCAGUUUAUAUUAUUCAUUCAUUGAGAAGUGAUGGUUUGCUUUGGGUUGACGGUUUAACGAAAUGUGAUGUCAGGUUUUAAUGAAGUUUAGUACAUAGUUAGAAAAUAUUAUGUUAUACAACUGUGUAAAAUUUCAACUUUAUUGGUUUAACCGUUUUAGAAAAAAAAACUGAUAUUAAUCAAGUCAAUACAAAAAUUUUUGAAACAAGAAUAAAUUUUCUGCCAUUUUGAUUAACAAAGCCUCAAAAAACUAUUUUCAGGCCAACGCUAAUGGCACGGUGUUGAGAAGUGAGAUUCUGGGUUCAAUUCGAAUGCGUGUAAUGCUCAGUGGAAUGCCCGAACUUAGACUAGGCCUAAAUGAUAAGGUUAUGUUCAACACAUCGGGUGCAGCUCGUGGAGGCAAAUCUGUUGAAUUAGAAGAUAUAAAAUUUCAUCAAUGUGUAAGAUUGUCACGGUUUGAAAGUGAAAGGACGAUUAGUUUCAUCCCACCGGAUGGAGAGUUUGAACUUAUGAGUUAUCGACUUAAUGCCACUAUUAAACCAUUGGUAUGGGUGGAGGUUUCAGUGGAAAAGCAUGCUCAUUCGAGGAUUGAGUUCAUGGUUAAGGUAGGGGUUUGAUUUUUUUUAAAUUUUGGUUUUUUGUGGUUUUGCUAGGGGGUUUAAAAGUUUUGUCGUUUUUUAAGGGAGAAGGUAAUGACAGUUGGCGACAAUACUUUUUUAACGCUAUAAAAUGGAGUUUUUUGCGUUUUUUUUUAUUUUUUAGGUAACAGGAUAUAAAAAAAUUGAAAGUUACAUUUAAAAAAUUAAAAAUUUAGGUAUAAAAACUUAAAAUUUUAGGCCAAAUCUCAAUUCAAACGCCAGUCGAUUGCCAAUCACGUUGAAGUCUUCAUUCCAGUGCCUUCAGACGCCGAUUCUCCGAAAUUCAAAAGCUCAGUAGGCUCGGUGAAGUAUGUGCCGGACAAACGGGCUUUUGUCUGGACAAUUCGCAGUUUUCCAGGCGGACGGGAAUACUUCAUGCGGGCUCACUUCAGUCUACCUUCGAUUGAAUCGACCGAAGAGGAGAUUCGACUGCCAAUUCGGGUCAAAUUCGAAAUUCCUUACUUCACUACUUCCGGGUUGCAGGUGGGUGUUGUUAUUAAUUGUACUCAUGGUAAAAAAUUGUUUUUUAGGGGGGGGGGGGGGGUAAACAUUUUGUAGGGGGGGGGGAGAGGAUAACAUUUUAUAGCAUUACUGUUGAAUUUGGUAAGUUGGAUGGUGUUUUAAGAAGGGGUGGGGGAGUGGUAUAUAUUUUUCGAAAUAUGAACAGGCGGGGAGACAUGAGAAACGGGCCGGGCCUGAAUGUUAGGCCUGGCCCGAUCGAAAUUUUGCUCAAGGCCGGCUCGGCCCGUUUCUCAUGUCUACAGGCGGGGGCAUGUAAAAUUAAAAAAAUUUUUGAGUGGGGACGGGGGAAUUUGUCUGCGAAUACUAGUAUAUGAUACUGUAGUAACAUGAUUCUCAUUUUUUAAAUCUGAGAAGCAUUAGAGCGUCAAAAAAAGUUUUUUCGUUUUUUUCCACUGAUUUGCACGUAAACUAGCGACAAGACUUUUGUUGACCAUUAUAUUAUCUAUUUUUUGGAUUUAAAAAUUUUGAGGGCAUCAUGAGCUACUGUAACAGCAUUUUUUAUAUUUUGAUACCUAUAACAACAUUGUUUUAUAUACUAAUACUUAAAUUUGUUAUUAUAGGUGAGAUACUUAAAAAUCAUUGAAAAGUCCGGCUACCAAGCCCUGCCCUGGGUGCGUUACGUCACCCAGAACGGUGAUUAUCAAAUAAGAAUGGCGGAUAAAUGA